AUGGCUGGUUUCCUGGGUGUGUGCAUCUACACUGGCUGCCCAAACUGCUCUCCAGAAAGGCCCUGCCAGUCCACACCCAACGGUGACGGCGAGACGCCCGAGGCGGAGGAGGAAGGCGAGGAGGCAGAGGCGGAGGCUCAGCCAGCGGAGUUGGAGGCCAGCGACCACAGACUGGGGGGCCGGCAGCUGCAGGGGGGCGGCCUCCCCGAGCUCUGGGGCCGAGCUCGCAGCUCCAAGAAUUUGCAACUGAGAAACGAUUCCACAGAUCAGCUUGUAUUAGGCAUCGGGGAUGAAGAAGUCGACAAAGAGAGUUUAGAAGACCUGCCUGUCAAGAGAACCGUUAAGCACAUCGUGGAAAAGACAUAUCUCCAUGUGCUUUGUACUCCCGUUCCUGAGGAGUUCCUGGACCAGAAUGUGGUGUAUUUUCUCCGAAAUACAAAAGAGAUGAUCUCUGAAGCUACCAACAUGAAGGAAGCCAUGGAGAUCAUGCCCGAGACCCUGGAGUAUGGAAUUAUCAACACUAACGUGCUUCAUCUUCUGAAGAAUAUCAUAUGUCAGGUUUUCAUGCCAGCUCUGUCCUUCAAUCAGCACAAGGAUGCGGCCACGGGAUUUGCGUCCGAGAAAAUCUCGGACUCUUCCGAGUAUGAAGCGGGGCUCCCUAGUGUGCCCGGGGAAACGUAUCACAGCAUGCAGUUAAUACGGGAUGAAUUUUUAAUGAACAUCCAGAAAUUUGCAAAUAAUAUUCAAAGGACAAUGCAGCAACUGGAAGGGGAGAUUAAGUUGGAAAUGCCAAGCAUCAGUGUGGACAGAGAGGUGUCUGACCUGGCAGCUGACCCGGAAGCCGUUGAAACCUUAGAGCAGUGUGUGAUAAACUGGCUGAAUCUGAUAUCCGCAGCUGUGGAGGGCCAGCUGAAGAAGACCCCUCAGGGUAACGGUCCUCUGGCCGAAAUUGAAUUCUGGCGGGAAAGAAAUGCAACCCUAAGUGCACUCCAUGAGCAAACAAAGCUUCCAAUAGUCAGGAAGGUCUUGGAUGUGAUCAAGGAAUCAGAUUCUAUGCUUGUGGCCAACCUGCAGCCAGUCUUAACUGAAUUAUUCAAGCUCCACAUGGAGGCCUCAGACAACGUGCGGUUUCUGUCCACUGUGGAACGUCAUUUCAAGAACAUCACGCACGGAUCUAGCUUUCACGUCGUCCUGGAGACCAUCCCAUCCAUGAUGAGUGCCCUGAGGAUGGUGUGGAUCAUCUCCCGACACUACAAUAAAGAUGAAAGGAUGAUCCCGCUCAUGGAGCGGAUCGCCUGGGAAAUCGCCGAAAGAGUCUGCAGAGUGGUCAACCUGAGGACUUUGUUCAAAGAAAAUCGAGCCAGCGCCCAGCACAAAACCUCGGAGGCUAGGAACACCCUGCACACGUGGAAAAAGGCCUAUUUCGACACCAGGGCCAAGAUCGAGGCUUCGGGGAGAGAAGCUCGGUGGGAGUUUGAUCGAAAGCGGCUGUUUGAGAGAACGGAUUACAUGGCUGCCAUCUGCCAGGAUCUCUGCGACAUCCUGCAGGUUAUGGAGGAAUUUUACAAUAUAUUUGGUCCAGAACUAAAGGCAGUGACGGGGGAUCCCAAGCGCAUUGACGAUGUCCUGUGCAGGGUGGACAGCCUGGUCACCCCCAUGGAAAACCUGACCUUUGACCCCUUCAGCAUCAAGUCUUCCCAGUACUGGAAAUAUGUGAUGGAUGAAUUCAGGAUUGAAGUUCUGAUCGACAUAGUUAAUAAACUCUUUGUUCAGAACCUGGACAACCCGCCACUGUGUAAGAACCACCCUCCGGUAGCAGGUGCAAUCUACUGGGAACGGUCCCUGUUCUUUCGGAUCAAGCACACCAUCCUCCGAUUUCAGGAAGUGGAGGAGAUAUUGGAGAGUGACCGAGGAAGAGAGGUGAGACAGAAGUACUUGGAGGUGGGUUGGACAAUGAAAGACUAUGAAGACAGAAAGUAUGAGCUGUGGAAAGAGGUAACGGAACAGGCCCUGCCGAAUCUUAUGAAGAAGAGUCUGCUUACUAAGACUUCUGCCGCUGCUGAUGAGGCCGCGAACUCCGAGAAGGGGGCCGUGUUUGUAAUAAAUUUUUCACCUGCUCUCAGGGAGAUUAUUAAUGAAGCAAAGUACUUGGAACAGUUAGGAUUCCCCGUCCCCGAGUUAGCAAGAAAUGUUGCUCUCCAGGAGGACAAAUUUCUUAGGUACACAGACGGAAUACAGCGUAUGCUGGAUCAUUAUCACAUGCUCGUAGGAAAGUUAAAUGAGGCAGAGGCUCUGCUUCUCGACGAUCAUUCCCAGGAGUUGAUAAGAGUGUUUAGGUCUGGAUAUAAGAGGUUAAACUGGAACUCACUAGGUAUUGCUGACUACAUAACUCGGUGCAAACAGGCCAUUGGGAAAUUCGAGUCCCUUGUCCACCAGAUUCAUAAGAAUUCAGACGACAUUUCUUCCAGGCUGACGUUAAUAGAGUCUGUAAAUCUCUUUAAAUAUCCAGCAGCUAAAAGUGAGGAAGAACUCCCAGGCGUGAAGGAAUUCUUUGAGCACAUUGAGCGAGAAAGGGCCAAAGAUGCGGACCACAUGGUCAGGUGGUAUCUUGCCAUUGGGCCUCUGCUGACCAAAGUCGAGGGUCUGGUCAUCCACACCAACACAGGCAAGGCUCCCAAACUGGCCUUCUAUUACGAAUACUGGGAACAUAAAAUUUAUGACGUCUUGACAAAGCUCAUCCUGAAUCUGGCACCUGCCUGCCUUCCUGAGCUCACUUGCUGCAUCUCGUGCUCCCCCGCGCUCAGCCCCACCGGCCUCCGGCAGCAGCACUUGCUCCUCCUCGAAAUGCAUUUUGUCCGAUGGAUGAAUGGCAGCUGUAUAGAAUGCCCUCCUCAGAAGGGGGAGGAAGAAGAACUCGUUGUAAUAAGCUUUUACGAUGAUGUCUCCCUGAACCCUCAGAUAAUUGAACAAGCUGUCAUGAUCCCCCAAAACGUCCACAGGAUUCUGAUCAGUCUUAUGAAGUACCUCCAGAAAUGGAAGAGGUAUCGACCUCUCUGGAAGCUGGACAAAGCCAUCGUGAUGGAGAAGUUCGCCUCCAGGAAACCUCCUUGUGUGUCCUAUGAUGAAAAGUUGCAGUUCUAUUCCAAGAUUGCCCAAGAAGUCAUGCGCCACCCCUUAGUUAAGGACGAGCAUUGCAUCAGGCUGCGGCUGGGGCCUCUGGCGAACACGGUGCAGGAAAACGCCAGGUCCUGGGUGACCUCGCUUGGAAAGCUUCUCAAUGAGUCAGCCAGGGAGGAACUCUAUCACCUCCAUGAAGAGAUGGAGAGCCUGGCCAAAAACCUGAAGAAGAGCCCCAGUACCCUUGAAGACCUCAAGUUUGUCCUUGCAACGAUUGCAGAAAUUAGAAGUAAAUCUUUGGUCAUGGAACUGAGAUACAGGGAUGUCCAGGAGCGAUACCGCACCAUGGCAAUGUAUAAUCUCUUUCCUCCUGAUGCAGAGAAAGAACUGGUUGACAAUAUUAAAAGCAUGUGGUCAAAUCUGUUCAAUGAGUCCGUGAAUGUGGAUCAUUCUCUUGGGGGCAUAAAGAGAACGUUCACAGAGAUUACUCGAGGUGAAAUAUUAAACUACAAACAGCAGAUAGAGGAAUUUGCAAAGCGUUUUUAUCGUGAAGGCCCUGGUUCUAUUGGUGAUGAUCUUGAUAAAGGAGUAGAACUUUUAGCCAUUUUUGAAAAGGAGCUCACGAGACAUGAAAAGAACCGCCAGGAGUUGGCUAACGCUGAGAAACUUUUUGAUCUUCCGAUUACAAUGUACCCAGAGCUGCUCAAAGUGCAGAAGGAGAUGAACAACCUGAGGACCAUUUAUGACCUCUACGAAGCGCUGAAGGUUGCAAAAGAAGAAUGGUCUCAGACCCUCUGGAUCAACCUGAAUGUUCAGUUCCUCCAGGAGGGAAUUGACAGUUUUCUCAGGUCCCUCAGAAGGCUCCCCCGGCAGGUCCGAAACCUAUCCGUGGCCUAUCAUUUGGAAGCGAAAAUGAAGGAUUUCAAAGACUCCGUUCCUUUACUACUUGACUUGAAGCACGAAGCGCUAAGAGACAGGCAUUGGAAAGAACUUAUGGAAAAAACAGGCGUAACGUUUGAAAUGACAGAGACGUUCACCUUGGAGAACAUGUUUGCCAUGGAACUUCACAAACACACAGAUGUUCUCAGUGAGAUCGUAACGGCUGCCAUCAAGGAGAUCGCCAUUGAGAAAGCUGUGAAGGAAAUCUUGGACACGUGGGAAAGCAUGAAGUUCACCGUGGUCAAGUAUUACAAAGGCACACAGGAGCGAGGCUACAUCUUGGGAUCGGUGGACGAAAUCAUCCAGUGCCUUGACGACAACAUGGUCAACCUCCAAAGCAUCUCAGGAAGCAGAUUUGUGGGGCCUUUUCUGCAAACUGUUCACAAAUGGGAAAAAACACUUUCUCUAAUAGGGGAAGUCAUUGAGAUUUGGAUGCUGGUUCAGAGGAAAUGGAUGUAUCUUGAAAGCAUUUUUAUCGGUGGAGACAUCAGGUCGCAACUUCCAGAUGAGGCGAAGAAGUUUGACAACAUCGACAGAGUAUUUAAAAGGAUCAUGGGCGAGACCUUAAAGGACCCCGUGAUCAAGAGAUGCUGCGAGGCCCAGAACCGGCUGGGCGACCUGCAGAACAUCAGCGAGGGCCUGGAGAAGUGCCAGAAGAGCUUAAACGACUACCUGGACUCCAAGAGAAACGCUUUCCCGAGGUUCUUCUUCAUUUCUGACGACGAGCUGCUCAGCAUCCUCGGGAGCAGCGACCCGCUGUGCGUCCAGGAGCACAUGAUCAAGAUGUAUGACAACAUAGCACUGCUGAGGUUUAAUGAUGGGGACGGUGGAGAAAAGCUGGCGUCCGCCAUGAUCUCAGCAGAGGGCGAAGUCAUGGAGUUCCGGAAGAUCAUACGGGCCGAGGGGCGCGUGGAGGACUGGAUGACAGCAGUUUUGAACGAAAUGCGGAGGACCAACCGGCUGAUUACCAAAGAGGCUAUUUUUAGAUACUGUGAAGACAGAAGCAGAGUCGACUGGAUGCUCCUGUACCAGGGGAUGGUGGUGCUGGCCGCCAGCCAGGUGUGGUGGACAUGGGAAGUGGAGGAUGUCUUCCGCAAAGUGCAGAAAGGGGAGAAGCAGGCCAUGAAGGACUAUGGCAAGAAGAUGCACGAGCAGAUCGACGAGCUGGUCACUCGGAUCACCAUGUCCUUAAGCAGGAACGACAGGAAGAAAUACAACACGGUCCUCAUCAUCGACGUCCACGCCAGAGAUAUAGUCGACUCCUUCAUAAGAAGCAGCAUCCUCGACGCCCGGGAGUUUGAAUGGGAAAGUCAGCUGCGGUUUUACUGGGACCGGGGGCCGGAUGAGCUGAACAUCCGCCAGUGCACCGGCACCUUCGGCUACGGAUACGAGUACAUGGGUUUGAACGGGAGGCUGGUCAUUACGCCGCUCACAGACCGGAUUUACCUGACCCUUACUCAGGCACUGUCCAUGUAUCUGGGAGGGGCCCCUGCUGGCCCAGCAGGUACUGGCAAAACCGAGACCACCAAGGAUCUAGCCAAAGCCCUGGGCCUGCUCUGUGUUGUAACCAACUGCGGCGAAGGCAUGGAUUAUAAGGCCAUUGGGAAGAUUUUCUCUGGCCUCGCCCAGUGUGGGGCCUGGGGCUGCUUUGACGAGUUUAAUCGAAUCGACGCCUCUGUGCUGUCGGUCAUCUCGUCCCAGAUUCAGACGAUCCGAAACGCUCUGAUCCAUCAGGUGACUACGUUCCAGUUUGAAGGGCAGGAGAUCUCCCUGGACUCGAGAAUGGGCAUCUUCAUCACCAUGAAUCCCGGCUACGCUGGCCGCACGGAGCUGCCCGAGUCCGUGAAGGCCCUCUUCAGGCCCGUGGUGGUGAUCGUGCCCGACCUGCAGCAGAUCUGUGAGAUCAUGCUCUUCUCGGAGGGCUUCCUCUGGGCCAAGACACUGGCCAAAAAGAUGACUGUCCUGUACAAGCUGGCCCGGGAACAGCUCUCCAAGCAACACCACUAUGAUUUUGGACUGAGAGCCCUGAAAUCGGUGUUGGUAAUGGCUGGAGAGCUGAAGAGAGGCUCUUCGGAACUUAGAGAGGAUGUGGUGCUGAUGAGGGCCCUUCGAGACAUGAAUCUGCCCAAGUUUGUAUUUGAGGACGUCCCUCUUUUCCUCGGUUUGAUUUCCGAUCUGUUUCCUGGACUGGACUGCCCGCGUGUUCGCUACCCCGAUUUUAAUGACGCCGUAGAGCAGGUGCAGCAGGAGAACGGCUACAUUGUCUUACCUGUCCAGGUGGAUAAAGUGGUUCAGAUGUUCGAGACCAUGUUGACCCGCCACACGACCAUGGUGGUGGGGCCCACGGGAGGGGGCAAGUCCGUCAUCAUUAACACCCUGUGUCAGGCCCAGACCAAGCUCGGGCUGAUGACGAAGUUGUACAUCCUAAACCCCAAAGCCGUGAGUGUCAUAGAGCUCUAUGGCAUCCUGGACCCCACCACCCGAGACUGGACAGACGGGGUGCUGUCGAACAUCUUCCGGGAAAUCAACAGGCCGACGGAUAAGAAGGAGCGAAAGUAUAUUUUAUUUGAUGGUGAUGUGGAUGCUCUGUGGGUGGAAAAUAUGAAUUCUGUGAUGGACGACAACAGGCUGUUGACGUUGGCCAAUGGUGAGCGCAUUCGGCUUCAAGCGCACUGUGCUCUGCUCUUUGAGGUUGGAGAUUUACAGUAUGCCUCUCCUGCAACUGUGUCUCGAUGUGGAAUGGUUUAUGUGGAUCCUAAGAACUUGAAAUAUCAACCGUACUGGAAAAGAUGGGUUAAUCAAAUACAAAACAAGGCAGAGCAAAGCAAUUUAGAGAGUCUCUUUGAGAAGUAUGUGCCCUAUCUCAUCGAUGUGAUUGUGGAAGGGACAGUGGAUGGAAGACGAGGCGAGAAGCUGAAGACCGUCGUUCCGCAGACAGACCUAAAUAUGGUAACCCAGUUAACCAAGAUGUUGGAUGCACUACUCGAAGGAGAAAUAGAGGAACCAGACCUUCUGGAGUGCUAUUUCUUAGAGGCUCUGUACUGUUCUCUGGGGGCUGCUCUGCUCGAGGAUGGAAGGAUUAAAUUUGACGAGUGCAUUAAACGCCUUGCUUCUUUGCCUUCUGUUGAUACGGAAGGGGAAUGGGCCAGCCCCGGGGAGCUGCCAGGUCACCUCCCAACCAUGUAUGACUUUCAUUUCGAUUCUGCGCAGAAGAAAUGGAUACCGUGGAAUAAAUUAGUUCCUGAAUACGUUCACGUCCGCGAGAGGAAAUUUAUCGACAUCCUGGUUCAUACAGUGGAUACAACACGCACCACCUGGAUGCUGGAACAGAUGGUCAAGAUCAAGCAGCCGGUUCUUUUGGUUGGGGAAUCUGGCACCUCUAAGACAGCCACUACCCAGAACUUCCUCAAAAAUCUGAACGUGGAGAUGAACAUUGUGUUGAUAGUCAACUUCUCCUCCCGCACCACAUCUCUGGAUAUCCAAAGAAACUUGGAAGCAAACGUUGAGAAGCGAACCAAAGACACAUACGGCCCGCCCAUGGGAAAGCGCCUCCUGGUGUUCAUGGACGACGUGAAUAUGCCAAAGGUGGAUGAAUAUGGCACACAGCAGCCGAUUGCCUUGCUGAAACUGCUGUUGGAAAAAGGCUACCUGUAUGACCGUGGGAAGGAGCUAAACUGCAAAAGCAUUCGAGACCUUGGCUUUAUUGCUGCGAUGGGAAAAGCUGGAGGAGGCCGCAAUGAAGUUGAUCCGAGAUUUAUUUCGCUGUUCAAUGUCUUCAAUGUACCAUUUCCUUCAGAGGAGUCUUUGCAUUUAAUUUAUUCCUCCAUUCUGAAAGGCCAUACCUCGGUGUUUCAUGAAAGCAUCAUGGCUGUGAGUGACAAGCUGACCUUCUGCACAUUGGCGCUUUACAAAACCAUUGUGCAGGACCUGCCUCCCACACCAUCCAAGUUCCAUUACAUCUUUAAUCUUCGGGACCUCUCAAGAAUUUUUAAUGGUCUUCUCCUCACUGAUCCGGGGCGGUUCCAGACGGUGACCCAGAUGGUGAGAGUCUGGAGAAACGAGUGUCUGAGGAUCUUCCACGACCGAUUAAUCAAUGAAACAGACAAGCAGCUGGUACAAGACCACAUAGGCAACCUGGUUAUGGAACAUUUUAACGAUGAUAUGGAGGUGGUGAUGAGGGAUCCCAUCCUGUUUGGAGACUUCCGGACGGCCCUGCAGGAAGAGGAAACACGCAUUUAUGAAGAUAUCCAGGAUUACGAGGCAGCCAAGGCUUUGUUUCAGGAAAUUCUUGAGGAGUAUAAUGAAAGCAACACCAAGAUGAACCUGGUUCUCUUUGACGAUGCCCUGGAACACCUAACCCGCGUGCACCGCAUCAUCCGAAUGGACCGCGGCCACGCCCUGCUCGUGGGGGUCGGAGGCUCAGGGAAGCAGUCUCUCUCCAGGCUGGCCGCCUUCACAGCCGGCUAUGAGGUGUUUGAGAUCCUCCUGAGCCGAGGCUACUCGGAGAACAAUUUCCGGGAAGAUCUGAAGAACCUUUAUCUCAAACUUGGGACCGAGAACAAAAGGAUGAUCUUCCUGUUCACGGACGCCCACGUGGCCGAGGAGGGCUUCCUGGAGCUCAUCAACAACAUGCUGACGUCAGGGAUCCUACCCGCGCUUUUCCCAGAAGAGGAAAAGGAGUCUAUCCUCAGUCAGAUUGGACAAGAAGCUCUGAAGCAAGGGACGAGCCCGGCCAAGGAAUCCGUGUGGCAGUACUUUGUGAACAAGAGCGCAAAUAACCUGCACAUUGUCCUGGGCAUGUCGCCGGUGGGGGACACCCUGAGGACGCGGUGCAGAAAUUUCCCAGGUCUUGUAAAUAACACCGGUAUCGACUGGUUCAUGCCCUGGCCCCCUCAAGCCCUGCAUGCAGUCGCAAAGUCAUUUCUAGGGACUAAUCCGAUGAUCCCAGUGGAAAACAUAGAUGGUGUGGUAGAGCAUGUUGUGUUGGUCCACCAGUCCGUGGGUGAAUUCAGCAAACGAUUUCUACAGAAACUGAGGCGUAGCAACUAUGUAACUCCCAAAAAUUACCUUGAUUUUAUUAACACGUAUUCAAAGUUACUGGACGAGAAAACUCAGUGUAACAUAGCCCAGUGCAAGCGUCUGGAGGGGGGGCUGGACAAGCUGAAGGAGGCCACCAUCCAGCUGGAUGAGCUGAACCAGAAGCUGGCCGAGCAGAAGGUCGUACUGGCGGAGAAGUCGGCCGCCUGCGAGGCCCUGUUGGAGGAGAUUGCCACCAACACGGCCAUAGCUGAGGAGAAGAAGAAGCUUGCAGAGGAAAAAGCCAUGGAGAUAGAAGAACAAAACAAGAUCAUUGCGGUGGAGAAGGCUGAGGCCGAGACAGCCCUCGCCGAGGUCAUGCCCGUGCUGGAGGCUGCCAAGCUGGAACUGCAGAAGCUGGACAAAUCCGAUGUGACUGAGAUUAGGUCCUUUGCUAAGCCCCCCAAACAGGUGCAGACGGUGUGUGAGUGCAUCCUCAUCAUGAAAGGGUAUAAGGAGCUCAACUGGAAAACUGCCAAAGGCACGAUGUCUGACCCCAAUUUCCUGAGGUCUCUGAUGGAGAUUGAUUUCGAUUCAAUCACCCAGAGCCAAGUUAAAAAUAUUAGAGGCCUCUUGAAGACUCUCAACACCACAACUGAAGAAAUGGAAGCUGUGAGCAAAGCAGGCUUGGGGAUGCUGAAGUUUGUGGAAGCUGUAAUGGGCUACUGUGACGUUUUCAGAGAAAUCAAGCCCAGAAGAGAGAAGGUGGCCAGGCUGGAGCGGAACUUUUACCUCACUAAACGUGAACUAGAAAAGAUCCAGAAUGAGUUGGCAGCGAUCCAGAGAGAACUGGAGGCUCUGGGGGCCAAAUACGAGGCAGCCAUUCUGGAAAAGCAAAAGCUGCAGGAAGAAGCCGAGAUCAUGGAGAGACGGCUGAUCGCUGCUGACAAGCUCAUCUCGGGGCUGGGGUCUGAGAACAUCAGGUGGCUGAAUGACCUGGACGAGCUGAUGCACCGGCAGGUGAAGCUGCUGGGGGACUGCCUGCUUUGCUCGGCUUUCCUGAGCUACGAGGGCGCGUUCACGUGGGAGUUCCGUGACCAGAUGGUCAACCAAGUUUGGCAGAAUGACAUCCUGGAGCGGGAGAUUCCCCUGAGCCAGCCCUUCCGGUUAGAAAACCUGCUCACGGACGAUGUUGAGAUCAGCAGGUGGGGCUCCCAGGGACUGCCCCCCGAUGAGCUCUCGGUUCAGAAUGGCAUCCUUACCACCCGGGCCAGCCGGUUCCCCCUCUGCAUCGACCCCCAGCAGCAGGCCCUCAACUGGAUAAAGAGAAAAGAGGAGAAAAAUAACCUGCGGGUUGCUUCCUUCAAUGACCCCGACUUCCUCAAGCAGCUGGAGAUGGCCAUAAAGUAUGGGACCCCUUUCCUGUUCCACGACGUGGACGAGUACAUCGAUCCGGUGAUCGAUAACGUCUUAGAAAAGAAUAUCAAAGUCUCCCAAGGACGGCAGUUUAUCAUCCUGGGGGAUAAGGAGGUGGAUUACGACUCAAAUUUCAGACUGUACCUAAACACCAAGCUGGCCAAUCCCAGAUACAGCCCGUCUGUGUUUGGGAAAGCCAUGGUCAUCAACUACACCGUCACACUGAAGGGGCUCGAGGACCAGCUGCUGAGCGUGCUGGUGGCUUAUGAGAGGCGCGAGCUGGAGGAGCAGCGGGAGCACCUCAUCCAGGAGACGAGUGAGAACAAGAACCUGCUGAAGGAUCUGGAAGACUCCCUCCUUCGGGAACUGGCGACCUCCACGGGGAACAUGCUGGACAACGUGGAGCUGGUGCAGACCCUGGAGGAGACGAAAUCCAAAGCCAUGGAGGUGUCGGAGAAGCUCAAGCUGGCAGAGAAGACAGCCUUGGACAUCGACAGGCUGCGGGACGGCUACCGGCCGGCCGCCAGGAGGGGGGCCAUCCUGUUCUUCGUGCUGUCCGAGAUGGCCCUCGUGAACGCCAUGUACCAGUACUCCCUCAUCGCCUUCCUGGACGUUUUUGGCUUGUCACUUAAGAAGUCGCUGCCCGAUUCCAUUCUCAUGAAGCGACUAAAGAACAUUAUGGACACACUGACCUUCAACAUCUAUAACUACGGUUGCACAGGGCUGUUUGAGAGGCACAAGUUACUCUUUUCUUUCAAUAUGACGAUCAAGAUAGAGCAAGCGGAAGGCAGAGUCCCGCAGGAAGAAUUAGACUUCUUCUUAAAAGGAAACGUUUCCCUGGAGAAAAGCCACCGGAAAAAGCCCUGUGCUUGGUUGUCUGACCAGGGAUGGGAAGAUAUCAUGCUCUUAUCAGAAAUGUUCUCGGACUCCUUUGGGAAUCUUCCCGAUGAUGUUGAGAAACAUCCCGCUGUCUGGCAGGAGUGGUACGACCUGGACUCCCUCGAGCAGUUUCCAUUCCCCUUGGGUUACGAUAGCAGCAUCACCCCUUUCCAGAAGUUGCUUAUUUUGCGCUGCUUCCGCGUGGAUCGGGUGUACCGGGCGGUGACUGACUAUGUGACUCUAACCAUGGGAGAGAAGUACGUGCAGCCCCCGAUGAUCAGCUUCGAGGCCAUCUUUGAGCAGAGCACUCCGACCUCGCCCAUCGUGUUCAUCCUCAGUCCCGGCUCUGACCCUGCCGGUGACCUUAUGAAAUUAGCCGAGCGCAGCGGUUUUGGAGGAAACCGCCUCAAAUUCCUCGCCAUGGGUCAAGGUCAAGAAAAGCUGGCCCUACAGCUACUGGAGACGGCGGUGGCCCGCGGGCAGUGGCUGAUGCUGCAGAACUGUCAUCUCCUGGUCCGCUGGCUGAAAGAUCUGGAGAAGUCCCUGGAGAGGAUCAGCAAACCCCACCCAGACUUCCGCCUGUGGCUCACCACAGACCCCACCAGGGGCUUCCCCAUUGGGAUUCUGCAGAAGUCUUUGAAGGUUGUUACGGAGCCACCCAACGGGCUGAAACUCAACAUGAGAGCGACUUACUUCAAGAUCUCUCCUGACAUGCUGGAGCAGUGUCCGCACCCUGCUUUCAAGUCCCUGGUCUACGUGCUGGCGUUCUUCCACGCGGUGGUGCUGGAGAGGAGAAAGUUCGGGAAGAUCGGGUGGAACGUGUACUAUGACUUCAAUGAGUCUGACUUCCAGGUCUGCAUGGAGAUUCUGAACACAUACUUAACAAAAGCCUUCCAGCAACAUGACCCUAGGAUCCCGUGGGGCAGCCUCAAGUACCUGAUUGGAGAGGUCAUGUAUGGAGGACGGGCUAUCGACAGCUUUGAUCGGCGCAUCCUGACCAUCUACAUGGACGAGUACCUGGGAGACUUCAUUUUUGACACUUUCCAGCCAUUCCACUUCUUCCGGAAUAAGGAGGUGGACUAUAAAAUCCCCGCCGGUGAUGAGAAGGAAAAAUUUGUUGAAGCCAUUGAGGCCCUCCCACUGACCAACACGCCUGAAGCGUUUGGUCUUCAUUCCAAUGCCGAGAUUGGAUAUUAUACUCAGGCGGCUCGAGACAUGUGGACUCACCUGCUGGAGCUGCAGCCUCAGACAGGGGAAUCCAGCAGCGGCAUCAGCCGAGAUGAUUACAUUGGCCACGUUGCCAAGGACAUAGAGAACAAGAUGCCCCAAAUCUUUGACUUGGACCAGGUCAGGAAGCACCUCGGGGUGGGACUCUCCCCCACCUCGGUGGUGCUUCUGCAGGAGCUGGAGCGCUUCAACAAGCUCGUCACACGGAUGUCCAGGUCUCUGGCUGAACUUCAGAGGGCCUUGGCCGGAGAAGUUGGAAUGAGCAACGAGUUAGAUGACGUAGCCAGAUCUCUCUUCCUCGGGCAAAUCCCUAGUAUCUGGAGAAAGCUGGCCCCUGACACAUUAAAGUCCCUUGGAAACUGGAUGCCCUACUUCCUGCGGCGGUUCAGCCAGUACACAUCGUGGGUCACUGAAAGUGAGCCCGGCGUGAUGUGGCUCUCGGGGCUGCACAUCCCGGAAUCCUACCUCACGGCCCUGGUGCAGGCCACCUGCCGGAGGAACGGCUGGCCGCUGGACCGCUCCACCCUGUUCACGCAAGUGACCAAGUUCCAAGAUGCAGAUGAAGUGAACGAGCGGGCAGGACAAGGAUGCUUCGUCUCAGGACUGUAUCUCGAAGGCGCUGAUUGGGAUGUGGAAAGAGGAUGUCUUAUCAAGAGCAAACCAAAGGUGCUGGUGGUCGACCUGCCGAUUCUGAAGAUCAUCCCCAUCGAAGCCCAUCGCCUCAAACUACAGAACACCUUCCGGACGCCGGUCUAUACCACCUCCAUGAGAAGGAAUGCCAUGGGAGUUGGCCUGGUGUUUGAAGCCGAUCUCUUCACCACAAAGCACGUAUCUCACUGGGUGCUGCAGGGGGUGUGCCUCACCCUGAACUCCGAUUAA